UUAUAAAACUUUAAAAAACAAAAUGUCACACAAAACGGUAUAUUACUUCUCAUCUCUACUGAGAAGCUGUGCUUCUCUGUUAGCAAUCUCUCAGGCAAAGCAAACCCACACUCAAAUCAUCGUUCAUGGCUUCCUUCCCAACGUUUUCCUCCAAACGGAUCUCCUGUUAGCUUACUCCAAAUGCGGGUUUCUUCGGGACGCUCGCCAAGUGUUCGAUAAAAUGGCUAAAAGAAACAUGCAUUCAUGGAACAUUUUGAUUGCUUCUUAUGUUAGUAAUUCGAUGUAUGGUGAUGUUUUCCGUGUUUUUGGUAUGUUUCUUGAGAUGGGUUUUCGACCCGAUUACUAUACAUUGCCUCCUGUGAUUAAGUCUUGUGGAGGCGCUGGCGAAGUUUUUAUGGGGAAGUUGCUUCAUGGUUGGGUGAUAAGACUUGGGUUUGAGGAAUAUGUGAUUGUGGGUACAUCUGUUCUGGAUUUUUACGUUAAAAUUGGGGAUUUUGUUGAUGCGAAGCAGGUUUUUUCGGGUAUGUUUUGGAAGGACUCUGUUGUUUGGAAUACGAUGAUUUCAGGGUUUGGGAGGGCUGGCCUGUAUAGGGAGGCUUUGGAAUGUGUUAGGAAUAUGAAUGAGGAAGGAGUGAAGAUGGAUUCCAUGGUGAUUCCUAGUGUUUUGCAUGCAUGUGGAGGGGAUGGGGACUUGAUGAAAGGGAAGGAAAUACAUGGUCAAGUUGUUAAGAGCGUUCUUUUUGAGGGAGAUAUCGCAAUUUGGAAUUCAUUGAUUGAUAUGUAUGCAAAGUGUGGAUGUUUACAAGAUGCUGAAACAGUUUUCAGGAAUAUGCACCAUUUUAAUUUGGUAACCUGGACAACAAUGAUAUCUUGUUAUGGGAUCCAUGGAAAAGGAGAGGAUUCUUUGUUUCUUUUUAAGAAGAUGAGAGAUUGUGGAUUUGAACCUAAUUGCGUUACAUUAACUGCAGUUUUGUCUAGUUGCAGCCACUCAGGUUUCAUAGAUCAGGGUCAGAGGAUUUUCAACUCCAUAAGCUCUGAUUAUGGGUUUGAACCUAGUGUGGAGCACUAUGCUUGCAUGGUGGACCUUUUGGGUCGAUUUGGGUAUCUUGAGGAAGCACUUGCAUUGGUAAAGAAUGUAAAGUUGGAGGUGACUGCAAGUGUCUGGGGUGCCCUGCUUGCAGGUUGUUUGAUGCACAAAAAUGUUGAGAUUGGAGAAAUUGCAGCUUAUCAUCUCUUUGACUUGGAACCUAGAAAUCCUAGCAAUUAUAUAGCCUUAUGUUCUAUUUAUGAUUCUCUUUGUAUGUUGGACGGUGUCUCAAGAACUAGAAUGAUGAUGAGGAAAAUGGGUUUGACUAAAAGCCCUGGUUGCAGUUGGAUAACCAUUGCAGGGAAAACCCAUAUAUUCUUCCAAGGGGAUCAUUCUCAUCCCCUAACUCAGAUGAUAUACAAAAUAUUAGAUGAAAUCAUUAAGGAACCAAUGUUGCCUGAUGCUUGUAGACAGGGAAACAUUCUUGAUAACUGAAACAGGCCUUGUGCUCAAGAUGUUGAUGACUGGACCCCAAAGACAAAGCUGCCACAUCAAAAGGUUGAGGAUCCUGUGAACUCUUAUUGUGGGAGCCUUUCACAAUACUGUUUUUCUUGAUCUCUUCCUCAA